AUGCUUUUUAAUAAAAGAAUCUGGAAAAAAUUAAUUUAUCCUAUUCCUAGAUAUUAUUUUUUCUAACCACCAUUAUUUGAUGUUAACAAAGAUUACUAUAAGAUAUUGAAUUGCAAUCAAACUGAUUCAGAACAAAAAUUGAAAUAAGAAUACUAUAAAUUAGCUAAAUUAUAUCAUCCAGAUAUCAAUAAAGGCAAUGAAGAAAAGUUUAAAUAAAUUACAGAAGCUUGGGAUGUAUAUUUAUGAUAUAUAAUAUAGGUGUUAUCAGAUAAACAUAGAAAACAAUAAUAUGAUGCUGCAAGAACUUAUAAUACAGAUUUUAUCAAAAAUACUACAAAUUCAUAUGGUUACAAUCAAUCUAAUUAACAAAAUUAUUCCAAAAGUUUAUAAUUAUUACAUUAUUAAAGGCAAUAACAAUCAUUAGUAAUUCUCUAAAGAACAAAUGGAAUAAAUGUAAAAAUAAGCUGAAGAAAUUAUGAAAAUGUUUUAAAGUGGUUAAUUCAAUUAAUUUUCUUAAGCAUUUAAAUAAGCAACUAAAAAUGAUCCUAAAUUCAAAAAUGUUCAUACUUUCAUCAAUCUUGCAGAAAAAGCAGAAUAAUUUUUUAAAGAAAGGUAAAAAACUCAAAUGGAAAAUGAAAUUAAAAAGGAAUAGAAUUUUUCAAAUUUUGCUAAUAAAGAGGAUAAACUAAAAUAAUCUGUUAAUGGCAUUACCAAUGGAAUAAAAAAUAUUUGGAAUAAGAUUUAAAAAAAUAAAUGA